AUGCAGAAUGGUGAGUCCGGAGGCAAGAGCGGAGAGUCUGUAGGAUCCGCUGGAUCUGAAGUAGCCCUGUUUGCCGGUGUUGCAUCUGGUGCUGUCAUCUUCAUCAUCAUCAUCAUCGCUCUGGUAGCACUGCUGCAUCGGCGUCAUCAGAAACACUCCGUGCAGUGCUCCGCCCAGCUGCCAUUAAACACACUUCCCAAACGCGGAAGUGCUGCCAGUGGCGGCAGCAACAAUAACGGCUCUGAGCCGAGUGACAUCAUCUUUCCGCUGCGCACCUCAGGAAGCAUGUACUGCCCGCACUACGAGAAGGUCAGCGGUGACUACGGCCACCCUGUCUAUAUCGUCCAAGAAAUGCCGCCACAAAAUCCUGCAAACAUUUACUACAAAGUUUGACAGAGAAUGGACAACAAGCCACGGACACGGAAAAGCCGACCGGCUCUGUUUCAAAUGAUGGACAUCAGCGUUUUGAUGCCUCUCUGACGCUCAGAUGCUUGUUGCAGAUGUUUUAGCUCUAUUAGCUGGAUGCUAGAAGGGCUGAAGUGUUGUCUAAUUCAGAAGAACUUGGCUUUGAGACUUGAUUCUGGAUUAGAUGCUGGUGCACAUGGGAAUUUGCUCUUCUGUUUAUACCUUAAAACUGGAUGACUUUCAAAGCCUAGAACAAUCUUAC